GUUGGAUAUUAUUGAAUAUUUUUUUGAAUAUCUGGUUACAGUGUACUGUAGGAGAUCAGAACUACAAUGGUAACACUUCACUGUCAUCUAUCUAAUAUUAAAUUGUCUGGAUACAUGAGAGAUGUUUAAAAAAUAAGUUACAUUUUCCUCAAAGCUUUUAUUUUCCAAUUCCACACCAAUGCACACUGUGUUUUCUUUUGACAUUAUUAUCAGUUCUUGGUCUCAUACUAAAUACAUUUAUACAAGGAAUAGGUAACUGAUUUUAAACUUUGAUAUACCGCAAUAUGCAGAAGUCUUGAGCCACCCCUAAUUGCUUUUGAUUUUGCUUCAGUAGCCAGACUUUCAUAUCAUUUUUUUAGAGUCAUCCAGUCCUUGUGGCAUUUUUUAAGCCACUUAACACUGACCUAGAAAUCAUUUAAGCAUAGAAAAGGUGCCUAACUCGAGGGAUGAGCCAUUGUUGUGUCUACACAUAACAGAUAAGUUAUAAAGAAGCAGUUUUGAAUAUUUAGACACUUUGUUACUAACAGCCUGUCACAAAAACAAUUUGUUCCCAUUUAUUUACUUGAAUCUCUGAAAAAUGUAAAGCACUGUUUGACAGGCAUAAAAUUUUGCAAUUACAAGGUGAUUUCCAAGGAGCCGCUAGCAGAAAACUCAGCAUGGUGUGCAGUGUGUCCUUACAAAUUUGAGGAAACUGACCAAGUGAAGGGAAAAAGAGGACAUUAAUUUAAAAGUAAAUUUAAAAGACAGAAACAAACCAAUUUAGUAGGUUAUUUAAUUUCAGUUUGUUGAUUGCUUAUCUCCAACACAUCAUACUUUUCUGACUGCCAUGUGUCAUAAUGCUGUAUAUAACUGUACUUGCUCUGUCCAGUCUUGGCAGGUUGAACGUCUAAAGAGCCAGAAAUGUGUCCGAUAAAACAUGACCCCAGUGAGAGACUGUUUUUGCUGACAGUGCAACCUGAUAAAUGGAUAACAUUAUCAUAAAGCUUUUCUAUGUUCUGUUACAUAAUAGUUAUCAUGUGCUCACCAUGUGCUCUGCAGUAGCAGGGCCAGUCAGGCUAAUCCCCUAAUAACAGAGGCAGAAAAACUGGGCUACACACAAAGGCCCUGGACUGGUUUAGCUGUCUGUCACCAAGCACCAACCAGUAUAUUUGUAAAGGUACUGUAGGUACUCACAUGUUGUGUUGUGGGUCUCUUUUCAUAUCUUCAUGCCACAUAUAUAUGCAUAUGCAUUCACGCGUUGCACACUUCCAAGAAAUUUUAAAGACAGCCGCUGGUUAAUUGAGGUUAACUUCUUUUUCAAGAAGCUUAGGCGAUAACUCGAUUCACAAAUCUCUAAAUACUGUGGGAGUGACAAAAUAUCCACCGUAACCUUGAUAUUUACAAAAUGAAAUGUACUAAUUACAUUACUUAUACAUAUAUUGUCGUAUCAUAGGUAAUCAUAGAAUGUAUAUUUUUUGUAGGCAGGGUUUAGUGUGAGGUUACAGACCAUUUCUCCAUCUGUCAGGAAUCUGGACAGAGGACACAAAUGGAUGACGAGGCAGAUUAAAUGAAAAAAAGCAAGGCUUUGUUUGGGCUGAUGAAAAAUCCAAAAACACAAAAAUUUCAAAAGAAACAUGAAGCAAAAAGAAGGAGAAUAAAUUUCCAUUGGUGCACUGACAGGGCAGCACAUCAAAUGAACCAACAAAAAAUGGGUGGUAAGCACAAUUAAACAUACACAGAGACUUGAUCAAUUCAGGAACCACCGAAGUUCAAAUCUACCACGAAAUGGAAACUGCUGGAAAGCCAGUGUAACUGUCCACAGUGAAACAAGUUUUACAUCCUGAUGCACUGAGAGGGUGCUUGACAGAAACUUGCACCUGCCCAUUUUUACACAUGAGCUAGUAACAGGUAGCUGAAGAAAAAAGUUUCAGGGUCAGACGAGCCAAAUAUUGAGCCACAAAGACAAGAUGUAUGUUCAGAGUAAUAAAGGUGAGGCGUUCAAACCUAAGAACACUGUACCAGCUGACAAGCAUGGGGGUGGUAGCAUCAUGCUCUGGGGCUGUUUUGCUGCCUGUGGUGCUGGUACACUGCAUAAAGUGGAUGAAAAGAUGAAGGAGGACCAUAUUGAGAAUUUGAGGACUGCGAUGGGUCAAUGACAGGAAGCUAAAUCAACUCUACCAAUUCUGCUAAGAAGAGUAGUCAGAUAUGCAGCCAGAAGUACAUCAGAAGCUUGUUGAGUGUCUGUUUCAGGUGCAAUUUGCUAAGGGAUGUAUAGAUGUAUAUACUUUUAACCCUAUGUGGAUUAGAGACAAUUAAAAAGAAAUUCACACUUGUAUAGCCAAUUCUUGUUUUAAUUGUUUUAAUUAGAAUCCCAAAUUACCAUAACAUUCAUGCUCAUGACGAGUGGAUGUAAACUUCUGAGGACAACUGUACAUUCAUAGAGCCAUCAGUCUAUAGGCUACUUCCAGGUCCAGGUCACCCUAUCCCACUGCUUUAAUUAUGCACACCAAGAAGGACCCCCAUCUGUGUUUUUAGUCCAGGUGAUGUUGUUCCUUGGUCUUUCUAUUUAUUGUCAGGUACUGAGUGAAAAGACAACCAUCAGUUUCUGGGUUCUCUGUGUCAUUAUUCUAUUUUCUAUUAUUAUUUUUUUGUAACUAAAAGCAAACUUUGAUCCAACUUUUAUCUUGUGUCAGAUUACUGGACUGUCAGGACUAUACGGUAGGUACAACAUACAUUCUGAAAAACAAAGGCUGAUUAAUACAACAGGAAAUUAGAGAGUGUUUAUAAUAAGAGUUUGACAACUUUUUGAAUAUAUAUAUAUAUAUAUAUUUUUCUCCACUGACUGUAUUUAACCUUAGAUGGCAAAUCCUAAAUUGAGAAUUUUUUGUGUUUUGUUUGUUUUUUUAUAAGUGGGGUGAAAGAUAUACAGCAAUCACUUAUAAACUGAUGAAAGUUGCAAUACAAUGUCAGUAUUAAAGGAAUUGAUAUAUUGUUUUAAGAAAAGGCACUAAAUUUGGUGUAUAUACAAACAGCUUUUAGAGGAUAGAAAUACCAAUAACAACAGGCUGUCUACAUUUUUCAUAAGUAUUUUAUAAAACCCUUAGCUACUAGGCUGUAAAAGUCACUCGUUGCUUUCAAAAGUGUACAAACAUUGUAAUUAUCUGUGUAGUAUUUAGUGUAUUGGAUGGCAUGAAGCAGGAUAUCAUGUCUCUCCCAACUCUAACAUGCUUUCUCCUGCACUCCGUGUGGGCUAAGCUACAGUCACUGAUCAGUUUCCAGUUUCACUGCCUAUUCUUACAAGUGCUACGAGCUGCGGCCUGCAUCUUUACAUUAACUCUGAAUGUGUGUGCGUGUGUGAGUGUGUGUCUGUGUGUGUUUGUGCCUUGGUGUUUUAGCCGAUUACUUGGGAGCUAUUUGCUGUUGUGUGGUCUGUGUCACAUUUCUGCACUGGUUCAGAUCAUCCUUUGCUGGUUUUACCUUUUCUGUAUCUACCCUCUUUAUUUUCAGAGGAGAUUCUGCAUGCAGUGAAUGAGCACAAUCAACAUGGAGAACAGCAAGCCAGUGAAGGAGGUGCCCCCCCUGCCUCGCCACCCGGCCCCUCUUCCUGUGACCUCUUCCUCUCUGACCCCUGCUGUCACUUCAAAACACCACGCUACAGGCUCCAUCCAGCAUGUGCAGGUGGCCUCAUCAGUGGUGACAUCGUUCAAUCAUCUGAGGCCUCCAGAGAGGGACCUCACGCCGUUCUCUCAGAUGAAGUCUGUUAAGUCUCUGAGACAUGCCGGCUUCACUGCGGUCUUCACUGGACAAGCGAAGCUUGACAGCGGGGAGGUGCCGGAGGAGUUACCAAUUGUCGACGUGAUCCUGGCUGACAUUGACUCCCUCGUGCCGACACAUGACGAAACAGGCCAUCCUAUUGCCGAGUGGAAACGACAGGUGAUGGUGCGGCAGCUGCAGGUCAGGCUGCAGGAUGAUGAGGAACAGAGGAGACAGGACAUAGCUAAUAGCUACAUGCCAGUGGAUGGCUGGAAGUACUCCCAAGCCCACAACGCAGUCUUGGGACCCUUCGGUGAACUCCUAACAGAGGAUGACCUGGUGUACCUGCAGCAGCAGAUUGAGUCUGUUUCACAUCAGAAACGCUGCCAGGCCUAUGAGCUGGAGCUGACCAGGCUGACUGAGGAGCUGAGGGCAAUUUUACCUGAUCCUAUUGUCAACAUUUCCCUCAACAGAGAGGUUCUGCAGCAGAUGGACUCUAAGGGGAAAAUGCACCUGACUUUGCCAAUCUGGUGCAGCCGUGUCUCAGAGAUUAUCAAGAAUAUGUCUCUCCUGGUGGCUAAUCUGACUCAAAUCACAGAAAAAGAUGGUGAGAUGGGGUUGGUGGAGGGCAUGGUGGAAGGGAUGAAGGUUUUACAGAAGAUAAAAGGUAGCCCAGGAAUUGAACUGGGACAGGGAUUAGUGCAGACUGGUCUAAACUCAGAGGAAGCCCAUGUGGAGGCCUCCAGUGUAUGUAGGAUACCGCACAUAGGGAUGGCAUCUGCUUUUAGCCAUCGUUUGGAGAGCAACAGCUACAGAAGAGCACAAAGGGAAAAGGUGGAAAGGGAGAUCCAGCAGUCUGGAGUCUCAGUUAGAAACCUCCGAUCAACCUUUGAGGGUCAGAUUGGUGGAAUUUAUCCCUUUGCUGGGGUUAUAAAAGCAGGAGGGGGGUUGACGAACCAAUCUGUAGAUGGAGCUUCAAGCGGAAAGAACAGCGAUGUCAAUACAAACUUCAGAUGUGAGGUCGGCCAACCUGACACUCCUAAAACAGCUGCACCUGUAAUGGAAACGACCAGCUUAAGAAAAGAGCGAAUCGUGGUGCUAUUCCUGAGCCACUGGAAGAAAUCUGCAUAUGCUAUUUCAGUGAGAGCAGCAAGGCAGAGGCAGGGACAGGCUGCAGCGCCAGGAAGAGUGACAGAAGCACAGCCCCAACAGAAAAUCCCCUCCAUGUUUCAAUUCUGCCAACAACGAGGUGCUGUGGAUAAAAUGCUGAACUCCUGGAGAAAUAAACUAGAACUUAGAGAAGUGCAACCUUUACCUUCCUUUAGCAUUUCACAAAAUCCUGCCCUUUGUGUAACCUACUCCCCAGAGCAAUUCCUUCCAGAUGUGGAUGGUGUUGCAGUGAGCCACGACACCUUGACCCUCGAUCUCUUUAUGCUGGGUUACUUUCACAUCUUAGAGCAGGAUUUGUCAGCUGAGGAGAGGAAGAUGAGACACCUCCUUUGCUUUGAGGUCUUCGACCAUGUUGGCAGUUUUCCUUGGGAGAAGGUGCGGGACUUCCAUAAAGCUGUCCUCCAGGAGAUCCAGGCUGGGAGGCGACAGUGGAGCGACGGCUUCGAGGACAUCAAAUUUCACUUCUUUGGUGAUUCAAAUCCAUGCCACUGUCCACCACCACCAUCAUCAUCAUUGCUGCCAGAUUCCAAAUUAGUACCCAAAGUUAUAGUUCAAAGUGCUACUCUGGAUGAGCGCUGCAGUGACACAGACUUCUCCUGCUUCCACAACGAAGACAUUUGUAAAUAUAUCGACCGCAGUUUUGCUUUCUGGAAAGAGAAGGAGGCGGAGUUGUUCGACUUUGAACAUUAAGUCUGCUUGUUAAACAUGAUGCUUUUGCACAGAUUGAUGUUGGUGUGUUUGUUUUGUUGAACUAACAAAAUUUGAUACGGAAUGCGUUGUAGCAGUAUUAAAAGGUGUGACUGAUAAAUAGAUGUAGUUAUUGUGUAGCUAGAAAAUAAUGUAAAAAAAAUGUGAUUUCCCAUUUUGUUACACUGACAAAGUUACAGCAAACAUUUCAUACAGUUUAGAUACUGUUUUCAGUUUACAUAAUUUGAGGGGUCAUUGCAAUUUGUUUGGACUCUAUUUAACAGGACAGUGCAGUAAAAAUACAUAUCGAAAGCAGUUUGAUGUUCAUGUUAAAUGUGUCCCAGCACAUGAAAACCGCUGCCUAAUAUGUUCUCGGCUGUGUAAAGUGACAGCAUGUCUUGUUAACAACACACACUGUGUAAACAUCGGCUACCCUGUGUUAGAAACCAGAAAGUGCUGAGUUUGAAAGACAGGGAGGAUCUGAUAAAAUAUGUAGAUGCAAAAGAUGCAUGUGCCUCUCAAACUGCAGUUAUGUUAAAACGGAAGUGCAUCUCCUGUCAGUUCUAAGAUUUUAUGUAUUGGGACUUAAUAGAGAAAUACAAAACAUGACACAUUAAACUGUAAACAUUAAGCCAAGAUGCAGGAGAAGCGUAGUACACUAUCACCAUCUUCAAUGGAAUUAAGAGGUUACGUAGCAGUCACGUGCUACUAAUCAAAUACACGUAAUUAACUGAUAAUUAGCCAGUGUGAGCGCCUCUAUAAAAGCAGAAGUUUUGGCAGUCUGCUGCUCUUGAGCACUGAGCAUUGAGGUGUUUGUUAUUACAAUGCCAAAGAGGAAAGAAAUAAGCAGUAACCUUAGAAUAGCAACUGUUGCUACCCAUCAAUCUGGGAAGUGUUAGUGUAAGGCCUUUUCCAAACAGCCAAUCUUCCCAGGAGUGGAUGUUCGUGAAAAUACAACCCAAGGUCAAACUGCAGAAAGGGUUGUCAAGAGAAAGCCUCUCCUUAAAAAGAACAUGGCUGCAUGGCUUAGGUUUGCAGAGUUGUAUCUUUAACAAUAAUCUUAGGACCGAUGAGUGAAGAUGUUUCACCAUAAUGCACAGCACCACGUUUGGCAAAAACCAAACACAGCAUAGCAGCACAAACAUCUGGCUUGAACGACAAGUCAGCAUACAGAGAGGAGGUGCAACAGCUAACGGACUGGUGUAGAGUCAACAACCUGUCUCUGAAUGUGGACAAAACAAAAAAGAUGAUUGUUGACUUCAGGAGAGCACGGGGGGAUUACUGUCCACUUAACAUCGAUGGAUCCUCUGUGGAGGUCAUCAAGAGCACCAAAUUCCUUGGUGUUCACCUGGCAGAGAAGCUCUCCUGGUCCCUCAACACAAACCCCCACACACCCCUCACACACACUCGUCACCAUGCUGCCUUCUCGCAAGAGGUACCGGAGCAUCCGGGCCCUCACUGCCAGACUGCGGAACAGUUUCUUCCCCCAAGCCAUCAGACUCCUGAAUACUCAGUGACUGGAAUCACACACACACGCACACCUUCAUACAUGUCACUACAAGCACUUAUCUGCAGAAUCUCUCUCUCUCUCUCUCUCUCACACACACACACACACACACACACACACACACACACACACCUUC